AGUGCUCGAUCUUGUGCUUUUCUCUGUGCGAAGUGAACACAGUUCCGGGACGCAGGCAGAAGGAUGAAGAAGGGUGGCAGGAAAGCGAGCGGGUGCUUCUUCUGCCUCGGCGCGCCGAUGCGCGCGCUGUCGAGAGCGUGCGACCUCUACGUGAGCUGCAUGUCCGGAUGCGCGCGCCGGAUGCCAGCGGGGGCGGUCGUGGGUGGACGCGGCCCCGGCGGCUUCGGCAGGCCGGCCACGACCAUGCACCUGCGGGCGAACUCGGAUCGCGCCGACGACCUUGUCCGCGCCGCGUCGAAACAGCGCCGCGUCGCGCCCGAGCCAGCGGACGUCGGGGCAGCGAAGAAGAAGGUGCACGUUAGCCUGGCAACUGCGGCCGUCCCGGCGCGGAGGAAGCGCUCGGCGACGAUGGUGACCAUCGCUGAGGACGGGCCGUGCGAGUUUGGCGCCUGCGCGCUGAAACGGCCAGAGCAGAGGAGUCGCGGCGCGGCGGUGGGCGGAGUGGCCGCGCGCGGCGGUGGUUUUGGUGCCAUCAAGGUGGGGAACGAGGCAUUCGAGAGCCGAGCGUGACGCGUGCGUGAUAACACUACUAGCUUCUAGACGUCCAUUGAUUCCACCGGUUUUUUCAUUGAUUUCUUCUUGUUGUUUAUAAACAGUUCGAUAACGAUCGCAA